AUGCUUCAAAAAAAUAUUUCUUCUAAAAGUGAGAACGAAACACUAAACAGAUCCCAAAAUUUGACAGACAGCUUGCAGAGUAUAACCCCAGCAAAAAAAGAGGCAGGCCCGACAAAAAAAGAGGCGUUCCCAACAACAGCUAAAAUAAAUUUGGUGACUGCAGUAAAACCACCUACAGCAGAAGGUGAUUCUCCACCCUAUGUUCCCUCUCGAGUGGUGACUGCUAGUCCUGUAUCUCAAAUGAAUGUCGAUGCUUCUGAAGAUACUAAAAUUGAGGAAGAGGAUCUUCUGACAGAUCUGAAAGACACACUAAAUAGUUCACCAUCUGUCAUAAAAGAAACUGUGGAGUCAGAUGGAGGAGAUGACUAUGGCACUUAUGAAAUGACGUCGAAUUCCCGAUACAACCCAGACCUAGAGAUGCCAGAAGACGACGACUCUGACACCAUUAGUAAUUACAAUGAGGAGAUCAAGUCCCUUGAUGAGAAGAUAAAAGAUGUUUCUGUCACAGGGUUAGAAGAAGAAGAAGAAGACAGCCAUUUCUUUUUUCAUCUGAUAGUAGUUGCCUUCUUGGUCGCUGUUGUUUAUGUCACCUAUCACAACAAGAGGAAGAUCUUCUUGUUGGUUCAGAGCCGAAGAUGGAGGGAUGGCCUGUGCUCCAGGACAGUAGAAUAUCAUCGUUUAGAUCAAAAUGUUAAUGAAGCAAUGCCUUCCCUGAAAAUAACUAAUGACUAUGUAUUUUGAAAGCACUGUGAUUUGAGUUUGCUGAACUUAUCACUCUUUGCCUGCCUAGUCAUGUAACGAUGUUCAGGUAUUCCAAACAUGCUGCUUGUACUGAAAUGAGAUGUACUCUCUUUGACCUGGGUGUUUUUGAGAUGAAAUCUCAUGCAAGAUCAAGGGCAUGAUACAUCUGUUUGCUACUUUGGUCAGGUUUUAUAUCAACUAUAAAGAUACAGAGUUUAAUAAUUAGUGCUCUUUCCAU